GAUCGGGAGAUGUGGGCAGAAAUUGUUGCUGCUGCUGGGGCCGGGAGCUGAGCACCUCCGGAGCACACCGGGAGCAGCUGAACUUUGGCGCUGGGGAAAAUCCAUUUCUCCUCCGUAAACACUUUGGGGACGACCACAGCGCAUCACCGCACACCAAGCGCUGCAGCACCCGGUGCUGGAGCGACGCUGAGGGGUUCCUCUCUCGCCAAGGACGGACACCUGUGUAAAGAGCUGGGGAAGGGCAAUUCGUCUUUCUUUUCCAGAUGACUGAAAAUACCGACAGGAUCGUGGCUCUCUGCUUUCCAUCAGCAAGUAGCAUUAGGGAGAGGCAGCUGAGGAAUGGAAAUGAUGUUGCUCCAAUUCAUCCCAGCAUCUACUUUUUCCCAAGGGACUCCAUGCCCAUAGGGGUUUGCUGCAUGCAUAUCCAGCAGUGAGGACAACGGUACCACGGAUGCAUCCCAACUGGAUCAUGUAAGAAUUUGAUACUGAGAAACCCACCCCAGUGAGACUUUCUCUGCCUGAAGUAUAUGGUUCGGUGUAAGCACAGCAAUUUUUGCCUAUUUCUCUCCCUUUUACAUCUCUUGGGCUCGGAGAUCUCUGCCCUCAUUGCAACUAUGCUCAUUUGCAACAUCAGUGCCAUCAAAGAUUGGAGCACUUUCCUCUCCCAGAUCCUCCCCAGCGUGAACAAGACCCUGAACUUGGUGCAGCAAGUGGAAGCCACUACCAGCUCAGUGGUGAGCGUCCUGCAAGACCCUGAGCAGGACAGCUACCUGGCCAACAGCCAGCCCAUGAACUCCAGCAACUUCACGGCUGGCCUUGACCACUUGUUUCAGUACUCUUACUCUGACAAUGACCAGCUGUACAAGGAGUACAAACCCCCUCCUCGCGACGCCAUCCCUCUGCCCAAGGCUGUCCUCUACCUUCUCAUGGCAGCCCUGGUGGUGGUGGCAGUGGCGUACGCCAUCGUUGGGCACCUCAUCAAGGACCUCAUUCAUGACUUUAUAGAUUGGAUCUUCGGCCCCAACCCAGAUGACAACAGCAACAAAAGCGACGUCAACUGCAUCACCAGUAGCGUCAAUGAGAUGAGUGAGAUGCCCGAGGUGCCGCGCCACCACAGCCGCCAGCCCCAGGACGUGGUCAUCGCCAUCGGCGAGACCUGCCACCUGCCACAGCAGACGUGAGCAGCGUGAUGGGAUGGGCAUGGCAGGGAAGGACCAGGGGAAGUCUCCUUGUUCGCCUCUACCACCGACAGAGGACUGUCUGCUGCUGAGCAACCGGCACUGCAGGGAUGGGGGCAAAGGGAAAGGGGCUGUGGGAUGAGCGGAGCCUGCAGGGCAGAGCCUUCCAGGUUCUAAGGACAUUGCCAGGGCCACGGGAUUGUCAGUCCUGUGGGUCUAUCAGCUUCCUUUUUUUCCCCAUGAAUAACGAAAGAGCAAAUGGAGAAAUACAGUGAGCAGA